CAUAAUCCCAAAGACAAAGAUCAACUGCAGACAAGUGCAAUUUUCAACUGCCGCCACCAGAGGGCUUACUUGAAGGUGAGCGAUGCUUCUGACUGCUCAGUGCGUUUCCACCCAUCCGCAGUCCGCACGUCUAUUCAUUUGGAGGAAAUCUUCAGCAUCUGUGCGCUGAAACCAUGGGCUCCACAGAAGCAACGGUUCCAGACCAUAAUGACUUUGAAUAUGAUGAAGAGACGUUGAGGAUCACAGGGCUUGUCCUUGCCAUUGUCAUGUUUGUGGCUGGCAUUUUGAUAGCCUUAAAUCAUCUGAUACUCAAAUACCAAAGAAAGACGUGCCUACUCCAGCUGUAUAGCAAAUGCAGUAUUUUGUUGGAGCAACAAGAGGCCAGCAUCAAGAGAACAGAAGUGUACCACAUACAUAAAAGUGGUUUAUGGUUGUUGGAGCUCAGUUGGAUGAUCAAUAAAAAAUGUACUUACGUUAAAUGUUUCUCACACUUGUGUUAGAUUCUUUUGGAUCCACUUUAGGAAUAGAAAGAGGAGGCUAAUCUUUCAUUUAAAGCAAAAGUAUUUAACAGUUGCAGUUGUGUGCAGUGUAACAAAUAACACCACAACAAUCAAUUAAGUCUAUUGUUCAACAAUGUAUGCUGUUUUUGGCACAUGCAUUGAUUGCCUUUGUUUCUGAACAUGUUUCAAUAAUACUUUGUCCAAAAAAAAUCAUGGAUCAUAUCAGUCUGCAUUUAAAGAGAAAAUCCCCAAAGGUCGUGUGACUAAAAGAGGUCUUCAAAUUUAUUGCUAUAUUCUAAAAUUGACCUUAUAUGUUAAGUUUUGCCAUUAGAAAUGUGUCAAGUAAAAAGACUGCCUAUAUUUUAUAUUGUAUUUUAAAAUAUAUAGAUGAUAAAUGCAGUCCACAUGACUCAAUCAUUUUCUUAAAUAAAAUGAAUUAUGGUAAGUCAAGCGUAACUGUGGCAACACUGCCGAGAAACCUCUUUGCGUUGAAAUGACACUGCGAAUGGCCCAUGACUGACAGAAUCAGGAUUUUGCCAUUCGCUAUUCCCCGAUUUACUGUUGAGUUUGCAAACAUCUACUAAAAAUUUAAAAAAUAUAUUCAUGCAUUUUGUAAUGUCCUAAAUUGCUAUCGUAACUUGUUCCUUCUCAUACCCCCGUUAGGGGAGAAGUUGCUAGCAUCAACCACAAGCUACUAGCCGGUCGGCUUGACAGAGAACAGCACCGCGAUGGAAAACACCCAUCAGAAAGGCAAGUGAGGCU